GGGAAGUACUGAACUAACUUGCCAGUUUUCACCAAAUUCACCUUCCUCACCAAAAUUCUCUUUGCACCUUAACCAAUUGAAAUUGCCACUCAAUACCAUAAAUUCCCACCCACUUCGCCUUCAUUUUGGUGCAACUUCAUCCUUAACUCUCCAUCGGUCAAUCUCUAAACCCCUCACUCUUCCGUCUCUCUCCACACCGCAACCAUGGCCACUUACAAUCUCGCCUUGAUCCUCAAGAACUGCUUAAAUGAGAACGAAUUUCUGUUGGUAAAGCAAACCCCACCUCCAAAAUUCUUCGAUGAAGAAUAUGACUCAUUCGUUGAUACUGAUCUAUGGGACUUGCCAUCAACUAAACUAAACCUUCUAGACGGAGAAUUGGAGCCUGGAAUAGCGAUCGAAGGCAUGGAGUCGCUUUUGCCCAAAAUCAAUUUCAGGAAAUAUGAUAUUCAAUCAGCAAUUAACAGGGUAUUGGAGCAAGUGCGAAUUGAGGCAGUUGAUAAAGGAGACUGGAAAUUUCUCAAGUUAGUGGAGGAACCUGAGUUUGGACCAGGAUUGCCCGCUCAUACAAUAUACGUUACGGGAUUGACAGGCGGCAAUGAGAGUUUACCAGAACUGUGUAAAUGGAUGCAUAUCCAGAGUUGUCUAAACUGGCUUUUGGAUGUCAAACCAAGUAGCGACCGUGUAGGGCCUUUGGCAGUGAUUGGUGUUAUAAAUGAUGCUGUGCAAUAUGCAGAGCCAAAAGUUCAUACCACUUUGAAGCAUCAGGAGUACCCUCCAGGUGUUACACUUGUACCUAUGAAAAGUAGGACACAAAAGCCUUUCCAUACAACAAACGUGAUUAUAUUUGCACCUCAGAGCGUCUCAACUGAAUGUGGGGAUUAUAAGUUUGUAGCUAGUGGUGAUGCAUUGAUAGUGGAUCCAGGAUGCCUUGCUGAUUUUCAUGGGGAGCUCUUGAAAAUUGUCUCUGCCCUCCCCAGAAAGUUAAUUGUCUUUGUCACCCAUCACCACCGUGACCAUGUUGAUGGUCUUUCUAUCAUCCAAAAGUGUAAUCCUGAUGCCACCUUAUUAGCACAUGAGAACACCAUGCACCGCAUUGGAAAAGAGGAUUGGCCUCUUGGCUAUACCCCAGUUUCUGGGGGAGAAGACCUUUGCAUUGGUGGUCAAAGGUUGAAAGUCAUUUUUGCUCCGGGACAUACAGAUGGCCACAUGGCAUUACUUCAUAUCAGCACUCAUUCAUUGAUUGUAGGGGAUCAUUGUGUGGGUCAAGGGAGUGCUAUCCUAGAUGUUGCUUCUGGAGGGAAUAUGACUGAUUACUUCCAGUCAACUUACAAAUUUAUUGAGCUUGCCCCAAAUGCUUUGAUCCCAAUGCACGGGAGAGUCAAUCUAUGGCCAAAGCACAUGCUUUGUGCGUAUCUCAAGAAUCGCAGAAGUAGGGAAACAGCCAUCUUGAAAGCUAUAGAAAAUGGAGCAAAGACAUUAAUCGACAUAGUUGCCAGUGUUUAUUGUGAUGUUGAUCGCAGAGCUUGGAUUGCUGCUGCAUCAAAUGUGCGGCUUCAUGUUGAUCAUCUAGCUCAGCAAAAUAAAUUACCAAAGGGCUUCUCUUUAGAUAAUUUCAAUUGCAGCGUGACCACAUUUGUUGAUGACUUGGGUAAAUUUGAGUCCAAAUGAGGAAAGCUGCUCCAUUUGACCUGCUCACAACAUUUCUUAGGAAUUUUCAACUCAGAAGUUCCAAACAACUUGUGGGCUGCACUUCCUUGUCAGAUGGACUUUGGCUUACCUUGCUGGUGGUUUUCUGUCAAAUUAUAAGCAAAAUAUGAGUAAGUUACUUAUCGCUGGAGCAGUGGCUGGCUUUGCUGCGACGUACUCAGUUAAAUACAAGUUUAAUUGCAAAUAGAAUGAAUGAAGUUGUAUUGUUUAGGACUACACUACAAAGUUAUCUACUGUGAAUUUAAUGUGGUAGUAACUUUUGCAAUAUGGCAAGAGGACAUUAUUAUAUAAUGCUAAAAAUAUCCUGAUACUUUUCCAGAAA